CGGCUCCGCUGCAGAAGGCGAGCGACUGGAGCCGUUGGGCCCAUAGCGACCCCCCACCCCAAGCAAAGGAACCGGGAGAGCGCGGGACUCGAGUGCGGAGCUCGGAGCGGGACUCGGAGACGGCGCGAUGGGCGGGGAGCAGGAAGAGGAGCGGUUCGACGGCAUGUUGCUGGCCAUGGCACAGCAGCACGAAGGUGGCGUGCAGGAGCUUGUGAAUACUUUCUUCAGCUUCCUUCGACGCAAAACAGACUUCUUUGUUGGUGGAGAGGAGGGGAUGGCAGAGAAGCUCAUCACACAGACCUUCAACCACCACAACCAGCUGGCACAGAAGGCGCGGCGGGAGAAGAGGGCCCGGCAGGAGACUGAGCGGCGGGAGAAGGCUGAGCGGGCUGCCAGGCUCGCCAAGGAAGCCAAGGCAGAGAACCCUGGGCCUCAGAUCAAGGAGCUGACUGAUGAGGAGGCUGAGCGACUUCAGCUGGAAAUUGACCAGAAAAAAGAUGCAGAGAACCAUGAGGCCCAGCUCAAGAACGGCAGCCUUGACCCUCCGGGGAAGCAGGAGGCUGAGGAAGAUGAAGAGGAAGAUGAAAAGGACAAAGGAAAACUGAAGCCCAACCUUGGCAACGGGGCCGACCUGCCCAAUUAUCGCUGGACCCAGACGCUGUCAGAGCUGGACCUGGCUGUGCCUUUCCGUGUGAACUUCCGGCUGAAGGGGAAGGACAUGGUGGUGGACAUCCAGCGGCGCCAUCUCCGCGUGGGGCUCAAGGGGCAGCCAGCCAUCAUCGACGGGGAACUCUACAAUGAAGUGAAGGUGGAGGAGAGCUCGUGGCUCAUUGAGGACGGCAGGGUGCUGACUGUGCAUCUGGAGAAGAUCAAUAAGAUGGAGUGGUGGAGCCGCUUGGUAUCCAGUGACCCUGAGAUCAAUACCAAGAAGAUCAACCCCGAGAACUCCAAGUUGUCGGACUUGGACAGUGAAACUCGAAGCAUGGUGGAAAAGAUGAUGUACGACCAGAGGCAGAAGUCCAUGGGGCUGCCCACCUCGGAUGAGCAGAAGAAGCAGGAGAUUCUGAAAAAAUUCAUGGAUCAGCAUCCGGAGAUGGAUUUUUCCAAGGCCAAAUUCAACUAGGUUCCUGCAUUUGCCUCCCUGAACUUGGGGGCUGAUCCUGCAGCCAUCUGACUUCCUUGCUGUCCCUCUCCUAGGACAUGGGAGCCUCAGGGCAGAGGCGGGUACAGGACUGGCCCAGAUCCAGAGGUCCCCAGUCACCAUGGGAGAAGGGGCCAGAGCGGGGGUCUCGUCUUCCCCUCUUGGCCACUGUUACAUUAAAGCUAUUUACCCAGCUC